AUCUCAUCUCAUCGAGAAAAAAACAGUCAUGGCAGAUGUACUCCUCUCUUCUCUCAUAAGGACAAUCCUUGCAAACUUGACCUCCUCAGCCCUACAGCAGUUCGGAAUAGCUUGGGGCCUCGAAACCGAGCUGAAAAAUCUGGAGAGUACUUUGAGUACAAUCCAAGCAGUGCUUGUUGAUGCAGAAGCUAAGCAAUGGACGAGCGAAGCCGUCAAGAAUUGGCUCCGAAAGCUCAAGGAUUCAGCUUACGAUGCGGACAACGUGGUGGACGAAUUCGCCACCGAAGCCCUCAAACGAAAACUGGAUUCUCAAAGAGGGGCAACACACCGAGUGAGUUCCUUUUUCUCUCUUCGAAAUCGGCUUAUAUUUCGAUUGAAAAUGGGGAAUGAGAUUAAGGGUGUUAACGAGAGGUUGGAUAAAAUUGUUGGAGAGAGAAGUUUUCACUUGAGGGAGGGAUUGUUGGAGCCCGAAUUUCGUGCGGUGGAGGGAAGACAAACGAGUUCCCUUGUGAAUGAACUGGAAAUUUAUGGGAGGAAUGGCGAGAAAGAAAUGAUAAUUGAAAUGUUGCUCGACGAUUUGAGCGACCGCAACGGUGUUUCGGUUUGUGCUAUAUGCGGCAUGGGGGGCCUCGGCAAGACUACACUCGCUAAAUUGGUGUACAAUGAUAAGAGGGUGGAAGGGCACUUCGAUUUAAGACUUUGGGUUUGCGUAUCUGAUAUUAAUUUUGACAUAAAGAGACUAACGGGAGCGAUUGUAGAGUCCAUAGAAGGAGGCGCAUGCAAUAUCACAAAUUUGGAUCCACUCCAGCGCCGCCUCCAAGAAAAAUUGAGGGGCCGGAGAUAUUUGCUUGUCUUGGACGACGUGUGGAAUGAGUACCACGAGAAGUGGGAUAGACUAAAAGAUGUACUUAGGUGUGGAGCUAAAGGCAGUAAGGUUGUAGUGACAACAAGGAGUCAGAAAGUUGCUCUUAUAAUGGCUACGCUUCCUGUACACCAUAUGGUUGGUCUAUCGGAGGAUGAUUCUUGGUCCUUGUUUGAGCAACGAGCUUUUGACAAUCAAAAGAUGAAGGAAAACCAUGAGCUGUUUGAGAUUGGGAAGGCGAUAGUCAAAAAAUGCGGAGGGUUGCCCUUAGCAAUAAAAGCUCUAGGAAGCCUCAUGCAGUUUAAAAGCAGUGAAAGUGAGUGGUUAUCUCUGAGGGACAGUAAGGUUUGGGAUCUACCGGAUGAUGGAAGUACUAUCUUGCCUGCCUUAAGGUUGAGCUACGACAAUUUACCUCCACACUUGAGGCAAUGUUUUGCUUAUUGUUGUAUAUUCCUUAAAGACAGUCAGAUGAAGAAAGACAUGUUGAUCGAGCUGUGGAUGGCGAAUGGUUUUAUUCCCUCUAAAGGAGAAACAACUUUGCAUGAUACGGGCCAUGAGAUUUUUAAUGACUUAGUUUGGAGGUCCUUCUUACAAGAUGUGGACGAGAAUUUCGAUGGCGAAACAGUAUGUAAAAUGCACGAUCUUAUGCAUGAUCUGGCGCUAUCUAUUAUGCAAUAUGAUUUAUAUGUUAUGGAUUCGCAUAAGGAUAUGAAAGUUCCAGGAAAGGUUCGUCACUUGCUUCUUAACAUUCACUCAGCAGGGGGAUUAACUUGGAAUGAGUCUAUGCUUGAAGUUCCAUCUCUACGGUUGUUUGCUUUACGUCCGCAAUGUGCGCACCCUCGUUUUUCUUGGGAAAAAGUUUCUCCUUGGAUUUCGAACCAGAAGUAUCUCAGGGUGUUGGAUUUGAGCGCUGGCACUACUUUUGUGAAGGUACCGAGAUUAAUUUCCAACUCCAACCAUCUUAGGUACCUCGACAUGUCGUACUCUAACAUAGUCUAUGUACCAGAAUCCAUAUGUAAUCUCCAAAACCUAGAGACUUUGAAACUUAUAGAGUGUUACAAGCUUUGUAAGUUGCCCGAAUGCAUGAGGUAUAUGAGAAAUCUCAUAUACUUGGACAUUAAAGGGUGUGAUUCUCUUACAUCUAUGCCUCCUAAAUUGGGACAACUGACUUCCCUACGAAGACUAAGCUUCUUCAUUGUGGGCCAAGCUGAGGGUUACCGUAUUAGUGAGUUGAAAGAAUUAAAUCUUGCGGGGAAGCUGGUAAUAAAGAAACUUGAUAAUGUAAGAAGCCCAGUGGACGCUGAGAGUGCCAAUUUGAAGAGGAAACUGGAUCUUGUUUCUUUGCAUUUACAUUGGACUUGGAGUCAUCAAAAGGAAGAAAACUUACCCAAUGAUGUUGAAGGGGUGCUUGAGAGUCUCCAACCUCACUCAAAUCUGAAGAAGCUGAGUAUAAGUUAUUACCGAGGUUCCAAGUUUCCAAAUUGGAUGAUGUGCUCAGUGCUUAAAAAUCUGGUUGAGCUCUCUCUAUAUUCUUGUUCACAAUGUGAACAACUUCCGCCUCUUGGUAAACUACACUCCCUUAAAAAACUCAAUAUUAGUGGAAUGGAUUCUCUGAAGUACUUCGACCCUGAGUGUUAUGAAGAUGGGGAAAUUUCAUUCCAGGCACUGGAGACACUCAGUCUUGGAAGAAUGCCGAGUUUGGAGGAAUGGAUGACAAUGGAUAGACAAGAUGUUUUUCCGUGCCUACGAGAGUUGGAUAUAAAAAGCUGCCCCAAGCUAACUAAUUUGCCUGCCCUUCCAACACUUAAGAGAUUGGGGAUCGGUGACAAUGAAAAGUUACUCAAGUCAGUGAAUAAUCUAACUUCGCUUUCCUCUCUUUUGAUAUCUGACCUCCAGUUGGAGAUUCUUCCGGAUGGAUUGUUUCAAAAUCACGAGGCCUUGGAGUCCCUAGAGCUAAGGUGUAUGCCCAAUAUCGAGACUCUGCAAAAUUGGAUGUCUGGUUUGUCUUCUCUAAAGCGAUUGAGACUUGAUGACUUUCCUAAACUAAGAAAUUUGUCAGGACUCGGAAUCGUAAACUCUCUGGACUCACUUGAUAUAAGUGGAUGUGACAGUCUUACGGACCUUGAGGGCUUGGAAGGCUUAACUUCCCUCAGAUCCUUAUAUAUUCAAUGCUGUCGCAAACUAAGGUCGUUAUCGGAGGGAAUGCAACUUCUGACGGUACUCCAACACUUGCUUAUCAAUGGAAGUCCUGAGAUACAAUCUUUUCCAGAGGGCAUGCGACAUUUGAAUUCUCUCCAGAGUAUGCAGAUAUGGCAUUGCGAAGGAUUAAUUACUCUACCAAACUGGCUAGGAAGCCUCCAGUCGCUAUCAUACUUAGGGAUUUGGAGUUGUAGUAAUCUGAGGUCUAUGCCAGAUGGGCUGGGGGGCCAAAAGAGUCUGAGAGAGCUGCGAAUUGUGGAAUGUCCAAAUUUGGAGAGGCGGUGCAAGAAAGAGAGUGGCGAGGAUUGGCUAAAGAUAGCUCACAUACCCAAUAUUAGGAUCAACUUCGAACAAGUACAGUCCUUGGACGAUUAACAGACAAUCUUGAAGUUGAGAUUCGUUUUUCCCAAAUUCAUGUCCGGCCACAUAUUUUGAGUCCAGAUUUGAUUGCAUGGUUAAUCAUUAGAAAUCAUCGAAGUUAGUUCCGGAAUGAUUGCUGGGAUUUUAGAUGCAGCAUGCGUUCCAUUUUGAAAGGUUCUGGCCUUCACUGUGUUGAAUAUCAGAAGGUAAG